AUGAGAAGGGUGAUCUUGGUGACGCUCACAUUGACGUCGUUGAUAUACCUCUUCGUGAGCAUCUGCGGCUACCUCUUUGCUGGCUGCUUCACCUGCGGCAACGUCCUGCUGAACUUCCCAUCUGAUGACAACCUCAUCAACGUCGCGCGCGUGGCGUUGGGAAUGGUGUUGAUGCUAAACUUCCCGCUGAUCUGCCAGCCUUGUCGGAACGCGCUCUUCCGGCUCCUCAAUGGCUAUGGCUGCGUUAAGGCCGCGGAGGUGCCACUGACAGAGUCUUUGGAUGGCGCCCGAGAGAACAGCUCUGGCUCCUUUAGCCUGGAGAUCGUUUCGACUUCCACGAACGACCUCACCAGCGACUCACAGGUGGGACGGCUUCCCCGUGUCGCCGACCCGACACCUUCCAGGCAACGGUCUUCCUCCCCAUCGCGGCCAUCAUCUACACCUUCGUCCCCACCGGAGGCAUGCGUGCACGUCUACCUUCGCCAGGACACCCGAGGAGGUCGAGGUCAGAGCUCUGCAAGGAAUGCGCCCGACGUGCACGUCUUCGACACCUUCCAUCCCAAGGAAGAGGCCAUGCGGCAGGGGGCCCUCGAGCCCACGAACUGCCAAAGAAUAGUGUUAACAUCGCUGCUUCUGGGCACCUCAUUGCUGGUGAGCUGUGUCAUGAAGAGCAUCAUGGUCGUUUGGUCCGUGAUUGGCAGUACGGUGAGUUUCCUCAUAGCUUUCAUCCUGCCGGCGCUCUUUUGGUACAAGGUGGUGGGCCCAACGGUGCGCCCCUGGCGCCGUGGCGCUGCGCUCGGGCUCAUUGCCCUCUGCUGCGUGCUGUCCGCAAUCUGCUUCGUCCUGGCCUGCGUGAACUUGAAUGAGCCCCCGUGCCCGAUCAAGAACCUUCCUCCUGUCCAGUUUGUCCACCACGAACUGGCUUGA